AUGGCAAAAGAUGUAGAUGGACCAGGAGCUCUAAAUUGCUACGAGUUUGUGACGCUGAAAUUUUCUCUUCAACUUAGGAAUUAUCCUCAAACAUUUGACUUUUAUGCACUUUAUCAAUAUGGCUCAUCCUCUUCCUUCUAUCCUCCUGAUUUUCUUCGGGAUUCAAACAUACCACUUUAUGUUGACCCAUUCCUUAAGAUUCAAACAAAUGAGAACCGUGAUCAUGAAUCUGUGAGGCUUAGCAGCUUGGAUUUUAUUGGUGCCCUAGCAAAGUUUGAUGAUCCACAUGGGCCAGAAAUUCUAAACUUUUUUCUAGGUUCAGGACUAGUUCUUUCGUGCCUGCACUGCAUGGGGGAUGGUGAUACACUGACUGGGAAGGGUCCUAUAAGUGAAACGAGUGUUAUGUCUGCGCAGGCUGCAACGCUCAUAGUUAUGAAUAUCUUGAUGCAAGAGGCAGGGCUGAACUACUUUUGUGAUUCACCCGAACGUGUUCAGUUACUGGUACAAGUCUUGCGUCAAAUGGUAGAAAAACUUACUGGAAACCCUUCUUUACAGACGCUAAAAUAUGUUGUUCAAUGCUAUCACUGUCUUUCAGGAAAAUACAAGUUAAGCGGGGUAUUAAAUGCUUUGAGAGACAAUUUUCCUCAACAGCUAACUGACAGCACUUUUCGCAUCCUUUUUAGUGUGAGUCCAUCAGCUUCUUUCUUCAACAACUGA